ACAUUGAAAUUUAACGCACAUGACGUCACUGAAUACAUUAACAUGGCUGGUAUAAAAGCUACGAUAAAAAAUAUUAACAAGGAUGUGAAUAGUCCAAAGGUUCACAAAUCUGUGAUCAGUUUAAAGGAACCGCGCGAAAAAAUUUCAACGUUUUUUUUAUCAGCCUAAUCUAUAUUGAUUUAUACAAUCUAUUUAAGUUGUAUUAUGAUUCACAAUCAACUGGCCAACAUUUUUAACCUAAAAUCGUGUAACUAAAGCUCUGUUUUAUUCUUCAUGAAAUCGUCCUCAUCCGACUGAAUCGUGUAACUAAAUAAUGGCUAAUACUGCAGCAUUAGUUGGAUUAGCUUUUGCUGCUGCUCUGGGAAUCACUUUACUCGUUUUAGGUUGUGCUCUCCCUCCCUACAGAACAUGGUGGCCUAUGUUUUCUCUGAUAUUUUAUCUCUUAAGUCCUGUACCUCUUCUUAUUGCAAGACGAUACACUGAUGUUUUAGAAUCAAGCAAUGCUUUAUUAGAAACAUGCUACUUCCUCACAACUGGAAUCGUCAUAUCUGCGUUUGGUUUACCUAUCGUAUUAGCUAAGAACCAUGUGAUAAAAGCAGGAGCGGCCGCUUUGGUGUCUAGUGGUAAUGUUGUUAUAUUCCUCACAAUACUUGCAUAUUUUAAAGUUUUUACUACGGACGAUUUCGACUACUCUGGAUGGUAA